CUCCGAAGGUCAUCCAAAUAUGAACAGCGUCAAGCUAGAACACCCAACUUUUUACUGCAACAGCUAUCCUGAACCUGGGUCAGUUGUUGUAGACCGAUCAUCUUCCGUUGAUUCCAUGGUGGUCUCAGCAACAUACUCGAUGCCUCAAAAUACCACGUUGGUUUCUUCCAGUUCUCAAGCAAGCCCAAGUACUUUGUUUUAUCAACACAGUCCCGAAUCGCACCCUCAUCAAAACCAAGUUAAAUAUCCAGAAAAUGGGCACGACACUUUGUCUGAUUUUGUUACAUUUGUAUGCCAAGAAACAGAUAAUAAUCAAAACUCACAGAUCCAGUCAAGUCUAUCUCGAAGUCCUAAACCCCAGUAUUUUCCAUCCACAAUGCUACCGCCCCCUCCGCUACCUCCAAUGGCUAGGCCAGUGGCUAUAAUCCGGUCAACUUGUGAUGUUAACAUGAGCGGAACCAACUCUCCACCAGCUAGUAUAACGCCGCCCUGCAGUGAGGCUUCGCCAGCGGAUGAGGUACCCGAAAUAAACUCUUCACCACCACUUAGCCCUGGGAGCCAUGACAUGCGGAAAUCACCAUCACAAAGAAAUUCAGUCCCGACAAGUAGUCCAUAUUCUCCUAGUCGGGAAUACUCUUUCAAUCAUUUCCAUGGGCAGCCGGGACAUGUUGGUAUUAAAUACUGUUGUCUUCAGGAAGAGUGCCACUAA